GCAUCCAUUGGACGAGCUCCCCUAUUGUGGCACAUUCUUCAUCCUGAGUGGCCCGUUUAAAUGUCAAUCACAAGCCCAUCGCCUCCUCCCCAGUCUUGCCAUUACAUUUCAUAGACUACUUUGUGUACAUGCAAUACAUUGUUUAUGAGAUCUACCGUUUCCUAAUUAUCCAGUGAAAGCUUAAAGAACCUGUAAAGAACCCUUAUGCAUUAACUGGGUAUGUGUGUGGUACAAACUGCAAAUUACUGGUAAUAAUCUUUUUAAUACCCAGAACCUGUCAGGCAUAUGGAAUUCAACUAAACUGUCUGGUACUUGCAAGUUGCUUACACGAACAUUAUUUAUUUAUUUAUUUAUUUAUUUAUUUAUUUAACCAAAUAGGCACCUAAAUCCCCCCCAAAAGCUGUGAACUGCUUUGCUAUUGAUUAGCCUAUAAUUUUGCAUAUUACUAUGAAUCGACUUGUUCACAAUUAAGGUGACAAAAAGGCCUAUUAACAGGCAGUGGAAUAAACCAUAUUCUCAUAUUCCCUGUUCACAAUCAGAAAACACUGCAACCCCCAUUCAUGACAUUUCCUCGUAAUCUGACUAGUAGCGAUUUCUGUGUGAAUGUAUGAGAACUGGAAUAUUUAAUAUUUAAUGUCUAUUGAUGAAAACAUUAUUUCUUUUUAGCUCUGUCUGAUGUUUAUGGCGAAUUGACUGUGAUUCACGUGAUUCAUCAAAAUGCUAUUAUAGAAUAAAUAUCAAAUAUUUUUAGGUACCUAGUAUGUUACAGAAUGCUGUGUAAAAGGCAUUUUACAAUAUAAACAAGCCAAUAGGAAAAGCUAGGGAAUUUUUAUUAUUAUUAUUUUUGGAAAAAUGAAAGCGCUUUGAGGUAAUGGGGAAGUACUGUUCCUGGGGUUAUUUGCAUGCGGUGGAUGAAGCUGGUUGGUUAAUGUCUGGGGAAUACCAGCCAGGGUGUGUAUUAAAGCUGGCUGCUCACAGCUUGUGGAUAAUAAACGAGGUUUGAUAUAAUCCGAGCUCUUUAUAAUAAUAACAACAACAACAACAAUAAUAAUAAUAAAUACAUUGAUUCCAUUUAGAAGCUUUGCAGUAGAGAGGACACUCAUAAAAUGGCAAGGAUUUCGAAAACCUUGAAGCACUUGUUUAGGAAAAAAUGCCGAGUUAGGGAAGAAGAAAGUUUGGUGAGCCACAUGUGCUCAGAGCCCUCUGAGCCUGCAGAUGAAGAUCCCAGACAACAAAAUGAUUGCGUCAUGAACACAACAGAUCAGUUUGGUGCAGAUCCCCAAAUGUGUGCUCAAGACUCAGUCCUUCCAGUUCUCACAGCUACACUUACUGGAGACAAAUAUAUCCAGGAGCUAAAUGACGCAGCUGAGCAGGUGAAACAGUGUGGUAUCACACCUGAUGGAAAUGGGGGCUCUGGCAGCUAUUCUCAGUGCAGGUUGAAAGACUACCUCACAGCAGUGGAAAAGUUUGUAGAUAACAACUCUCCUGCACUGCCAACAAACUCACAGCCACACACUGGGGAAUAUCUGAAUGAUGCUAUGAGUUUGAUACAUAGCAAGGUGAUUUCCUUAGUUCCAGUCUUAGAUGAUUCAGUACUAGAAAGUUACCUGGUCGACAGCUAUACUCGCCGCCUGUUUGGCAUGUUGUUCUUGUUAAUGGAUAGAAGUUCAUCAGUAAAAGACUCCUUCUUCCUUCUACAAUGGGUGAAAAAGACAUACUUUAAGCAGGACCAUAAAGGAUGCCUGAAAACACAGAAAGGUGUACUUAGUGUAUCAGACCCUUUCUUGUUGGCUGACUGGUUGGAGUAUUCAAAGCAGAAACUCCUCACACUUCUUCAGAACAAUAUCUCAACUACCCUGCACAACAUCUUGCAGCAGGAUGAGCUUAAUCGUGUUUGUGAUGACAGCAAUGAGGAGGCUUUCAUUCAAGUCCAACUUGAUGUAAUACAGUGUCUGGAUGCUCCCAUUCAGGCAAGUAAAACAGUCAGCCACACCCUUAAAAAUGCUGUACAGAGACUUUGUUGCGAUGAACUUCACAGUUUCAUACAGAGGUAUACGAAUGCACAGGGGGCCGAUGAGGGAAAUUUACUGCGUCACUUCAAGACACUUUAUACCUGUAGGCAACUCAGGUCCUAUGCUCUGAGCAUUAUUGAUUCAAACAAUAACACAGAUUCAUCCACUCUCCUGAUGUUAGGAGACAUGGAGACUCAGUCUUUAUUCAGUGUACAGCAGUCGUUUGCAAACAUAGCAAAGGACAAUUUAAAGAAGUAUUUCAACAAAGAGGAUGGACAUUUGAAUAAUAUGAUCGACUUAAUUCAAAAAAUGCUUGCAACUUUACCACAAAUGGAACAGGGAGAUGAGACAAAACAGCUUAUUGUAAAAGCAGCAUACCACAGUGUUACCAGAGCAUACCUAGACUGUUUAACGCAGAGAAAGUACAAAAAAUUGGAAAACAGAUGGAAUGAUGUGGAAAAGAGGAUAAUGAUGGAUGCUGAACGUUUCCACUUCAGCUUCGCACAACAGAAUGGAAGUAAUGAUGAGCAGAAAAUGGUCCUGUUGAAAAUCGGUGAGAUUCUGCAGUGCCGUAAUGUAGAUACUCUUAAGCUUCACUGCUCAGAACUGUACAUCACUUUCCCUAAGGAGAGUGAGGAGUACAUACCUGCCCUACUGCACUGGAGAGGGGAAUUGUCAAGACGACAGAUUAAGAAAGUAAUUGUUGUGAGUAGGGAAGUUGAAGAUCACAUCAGAAAUGGAGACCACGUCAGACCACAUCCCCGUAUGUACUGGUGGUGCUGUCUUUGUUGAAUAUAUAGAUGAAGCAGAUGACCAAUGUUCGGCCCACGACUUUAUUGUGUGCAUGAGUUUUUUUUUUUCCUAGGUUUUCUCAAAGACACUAUUGUAAAACCAAUCAUGACACUGAUUUUAAACUACUUUAACUUUGACAUUCUUUAACUUUGACUUUUUUAACUACUUUAACUUUAAACUACUUUAACUUUGACAUUCCAGUUAUUACUUGAUUUAUUGUACUUGAGUUGUAUUAAUUCUCAUCAUAAUUAUUCCAGUGUUGCUAGUCCAGAAACUGAAAUUCUAAAAGAUUUUAGAUUUUUAGUCAACGUUUAUAUUUCGGUAUUUCAGCUAGUCCUUAGGAGGUAGAAUGUUGCAUUGGCCUUCUUAACGUUAUUUUAUAGUUAUUACAUGAUUUUUCAUCAUGUUGGACUGGCCUUGUUUGCACAGUUGUGUUUACCUAAUGUCUAACUAAGCUAACAGAUAUUAAGCUUUAACAAUUGAUUUGUUUAAAUAUAAACAUGAAAUGUUGUGUCUGCUCAUGCACUUCAAAAGUGCAAAGCUCUAUGUGUCAUGUAACAACAUUUGAUUAUUACAACUGUUUUGAUUUUAUUAAAUUAUUUUUAUAUUCAUA